UUUAUUUGCCAUGCCUGCAAGUCACCUGAGAACAUGUUACUGUCGGCCAUUCAACCUUGAGCAGAUGGUACUCACCCGCAAUGUUUUCAUUUUCCCGCAGAACUCAUCCAAAGCUGCCCAAGCCCCAUCUCCAUGGGGGGCCAGUGGAAAGAGCACUGGAACCCCAUCCCCCAUGUCUCCCAACCCCUCUCCCACCAGCUCCGUGGGAUCUCAGGGGAGCCUCUCCACCUCCAGCAGCUUGUCCCCAUCGACCAUCGUCAGCAUCCCACAGCGCAUCCAUCAGAUGGCGGCCAAUCACGUCAGCAUCACCAACAGCAUCCUCCACAGUUAUGACUACUGGGAGAUGGCCGACAACCUGGCCAAGGAGAACAGAGAAUUCUUCAAUGACCUGGAUCUGCUGAUGGGGCCUGUCACCCUGCACAGCAGCAUGGAGCACCUCGUCCAGUACUCCCAGCAGGGCCUGCACUGGCUGCGGAACAGCACCCAGCUGUCAUAGGGACCUCACCCUUGAGCCAGCUUGUGCUCUCAUCUCCAUGGACAACUCAGUGUUCCUGGAAACUGUGCUGCUGAAGUUCUCGGCCACAGCAUUUGUCGAACCACGGUGAACAUUUCCUCAGCAUCGAGCAAUGGCCUUUGCCCCAGGGCACGUGUGUUUGUAGGUGUGGAUGUAUGAGAAGCUGCCCGUGUGUACGUUUAAGAUACACAGCUCUUCAGGACACAUCUUCUUUGUCUGGUUUCCAUAAUCUUCAACUAGACAAAGUGAUCAGAGGUUUCUGAUUAGAAGAGUUACACACACACACACGCACACACACACACAAUCACACACACACACUUUCUACUCCAAUGCUAAAGCACGACUUCUUAGAAAACUCAACCAAAAUCUCAUGGGUUGGUGAGCCAGGUGCAAUACAGCACACCAAAAGCUUGACUGCCAGUUAAGAUGAACCUAGCUUUUAGAUGAUUGAUCUCUUUCAGUAUUAAUAUACUAUUUCCCAGUUAUUUUUUGAUUGGUGUGUAUUAAUGGGUAAUGGAAUAAUGGAAAGAAGUCAGUUAUUUUUGUGCCAGGAGUUCAACAGAUUGCCUGUUACCAAAUACCCUGUCCUCCUUCUAAUGCCCCACCGUCAAUCCAAAUUUAUUAUCAGCUAAACACAUAACAAGCAAAUGGAUCAGCCCCCACAAGCCUUGCCUGACCCGCCCCCGAAUUCGCUGGAAGAUGGCACUGAGAGUUGGUAAAAACCCAGUGUCUCUGAAAGUUAACAAACAUUCAAGCGGUGAUUGUGUUUUGGCGCUCAGUUAAAAAUUGAAACCGUUUGCAUGUCUGACAACAGACCCAGCCAGCACAUGCAUUUCUUCUUCUUCCUGCCACUGUGACAAAGUGACGUUCGAGCCACGUGGCAUUUGUGGGCCAAUAUUUUUCAAGUCUUUUCUUUCCACAGUACUUUUCUUACAAGUUUCCUUGGCCAAGUUAGGACAUUGCCUGAAGUGUCCCUUCACUAGGAGUCGGUGCCUGUUGCUUACCAGCCUGAGAACGCUUUGCUGUCUUAGUACCGUGCGAUGCUCUCGCUCUUCCUGCAGGAUGUACCGCUGCAGGCCUUUACUGCGUUUGGAUUUGGGGGAUCUUUUUCCGGCUUUGAUUAGCAAGCUGCUGACUGUGCAGAGGAGCGCUGUUUCGGCGUCGGUCACAAUCCUGUCUUGGGGCAGCAACGACCCCAGCAUCCUGCUUAAAUUCUGCGCAUCUGGUGUGUUGACUUCUUGUCCCUGGUUCUUUCCUUUUCUUUUCCUCAAGAUUACAUUUUCAUGUUUUGACAUUUCAUUUUGUUUGUAGUUUCUCUUGGAACCUUAUUUCUAGUGUCCUGUCAUGUCCUAAAUUUAGUCUCCUUGUCAAGUAUGUUUAGAUGUGAAAAUAUUGGGAAAAAGAGAAGGAUUCCAGAAAAAGAAAAUAUACCUUGCCACACUUUAAAAAGAAUAACGUCCUCGAGGCCUCUCACUUGAUGAAAUUGUAUCAGGACGGUCUGAGAAAGACAGGUGAUGCGGUAUGCGGGACAGCCCCUUUCUCGAGGUGUUAGUGACACAAAGUAGCCCUAACAGAUGUUGACGUAUGCUCUCACUGACGUUCUUACUGCUUUGGUGGCAGUGUUAACGUUGUGGUCAGCCGGAUCUCUAGGUGGACAGUAAGAUUGCUAUAAUUCCUUAGCUCUAAGCACUGACUUGGAAACCCUGGUGGUGUCGUGGUUAAGAGCUACAGCUGUUAACCAGAAGGUCGGCAGUUCAAAUCCACCAGGCGCUCCUUGGAAACUCUAUGGGACAGUAGGGUCACCAUGAGUCGGAAUCAACUCAACAGCAGAGGGUUUGGAUUUUUUAAGCACUGACUCAAAACUACAAAUGACCAAAUAACUUUGUUGACUGAAAAUUAAUUUUAAAUGAGCAAGUGAAGGGCUUGUUAAAUUUGCAUUUGGCUUUAGCCUUCAAGAAUUCUGGAAAUACUGGCAGUAUUUCCAUUUUAUAUUUAUCCUGCUGAAGCGCUCUCACUAAUUGAGGACGGAUUUCAUAAUCCAUUCCUAUGCUGGAAAUGUGACUCUAACUUAAAUUUUUUUUUUGAAGGACUGAGACUUAGUUCUGUUUACUUGGUGAAUUCUGAAGAUGACAUGUUCAAACUCCCAUGAAGGAGUAACCCGCGGGGUCCAUCACGCAUUCCCGGGUGCCUUUCUGGUCUUGCUCAUCUUUAAAGUUGGAGGAUUUGUUGUAGCAUCUACGUGGCGUGCUUGCACCGUUACCCACCGAGCACACGGGUGGUCUCCGGCCGACUGUGCCGGCAGUUUUUCUUGUCGGUGUUUCCCAGCCAAGCUUCUUGAAACUGGUCGUUUGGGGGAUGGUCAGAGCAUUCUGUCACCACCUCUGGUUUCCUGUCACCUGUCACUAUCUCUUGUUUCAUGUGUGGAGCAUGUGAGGACGCAAGUUUUUGCUUGGUCUGGUGAAUAGAUGAUUUUGGCAAGGAACCACCUUCUGAUGGCUGCUUGUGAAAGUCACCCAUAACUCGCCCCUUUUAUUUAGUUUUGUUCAAAGUCGAAACAUCUUUCCUGUGUUUUCGGAUUAUAAAAGUAAUACAUGCUCAUUGUAGAGAUUCAAACAAUUCAGAAAUGUAUGAAGUAGAAAGUCUAAGUCCCCAAUGGUCCCAUCCCCCUAGACAACCACUGCCCACAGUUGGAUAUCUAUCCUUCCAGAGAUGUUUCCCUUGAAACCUGUAACUUUUGUUAUCAUUUCUUUCUAUUUGAAGACUUAUUCUUUCCUCAGAAAUUCAACAUGAUCUUAACUGACCUUGUCCUUCCAUGACUGGAAUGGAUGUCUCCCUUUAUCACAAUGCUAGAAUUAUCUUUGAAGGCGAGUAACCAACUAUAUUCCAGAUCAAAAUUUGGCAUUUAUU